UGUGACGCUGGGAGCGCUGCCUUAGCAACUGUUUCCUAGCUACAACGGCAGUUGGUCUGUGCAGCCGACGGGUGAAGCCGGAGUCCUCGGCUUGAGGGCGCUAGUUGGGGAUAUGGCAUCCAACUACGAUACAAGUUUAGAGCAAUGGAAGAAAAAAGCAGAAAAAAUUGAAUUGAAUGAAACUCAAAAGCAAGAAAUUAAAGAGGCUUUUGACUUGUUUGAUGUAAAUGGAUCUGGAACCAUACAAGUGAAAGAAUUGAAGAUCGCAAUGGAGGCCUUAGGAUUUGAGCCAAAGAAAGAAGAAGUUGAACAGAUGAUAGCUGAAAUCGACCAAGAAGGAGUUGGCAUGAUUAGUUUUGAAAACUUUUUUGCCAUUAUGAGUGUAAAAAUGAGUGAACAAGAUGAAAAAGAAGAAAUAUUGAAGGCUUUCAAAUUAUUUGAUGAUGAUAAUACUGGGAGCAUUACACUAAAUAAUAUAAAGAGGGUUGCCAAAGAACUAGGGGAAAAUUUAACAGACAAUGAACUCCAGGAAAUGCUCAGUGAAGCUGAUUUUGAUGGAGAUGGAGCAAUAAAUGAGGAAGAGUUUUUGAGAAUAAUGAAAAAGACCACUCUUUACUAAUAGUUUUCUGAGCCUUCUGGAAUGCUGCCCAUGCAUUUAUAUUCAUUAUACAGCCCAAUAAUACAGUGUCUGAGCAUA